GAAAACCCUAGAGAGCCAGAUCUCAAUUUCUCCAUUCAGGUGAGACUUUUUACCUUUCUUCUUCCAUCGGAAUUUUCUCUCAGGAAAAAAAUGAGCAGCCGUUCGAGUAGAACUAUUUACGUCGGAAACCUUCCCGGCGAUAUCCGUGAAAGAGAAGUUGAAGAUUUGUUCAGUAAGUAUGGACCUGUUGUUCAAAUCGAUUUGAAGAUUCCGCCGAGGCCUCCAGGCUAUGCAUUCGUCGAGUUUGAGGAUGCUCGGGAUGCUGAUGAUGCAAUUUAUGGCCGUGAUGGUUAUGACUUUGAUGGGCAUCGUUUACGGGUGGAACUAGCUCAUGGUGGGAGGCGUUCAUCACAUGAUGCACGCGGUAGUUACAGUGGUGGUGGUCGUGGCGGUCGUGAUGGUGGUGACGGUGGUGGUCGUGGCGGUCGUGAUGGUGGUGACGGUGGUGGUCGUGGGCGUGGACCAUCUAGGAGAUCUGAGUACCGCGUUGUAGUGUCAGGUUUGCCGUCAUCUGCGUCCUGGCAAGACCUCAAGGAUCACAUGCGUAAAGGAGGAGAAGUUUGUUUUUCGCAAGUGUUUCGUGAUGGUAGAGGUACAACUGGAAUAGUAGAUUAUACCAGCUACGAGGACAUGAAAUAUGCGAUAAAAAAGCUCGACGACACAGAGUUUCGGAAUGCGUUUUCUCAUGGAUAUGUUCGGGUUAGAGAAUAUGAUUCAAGGAGGGAUUCGAGGAGCCCCAGCCGUGGAAGAUCCUAUUCUAAAAGCCGCAGCCGUAGUCGCAGCCGUGGGCGGAGCCCUAGCUGUAGUCGUAGCCGCAGUAGAAGCAGGAGCAAGAGCAGAAGUCCAAAGGCUAAAUCUUCGCGCAGAUCACCUGCAAAAUCUACAUCGAGAUCUCCUCACUCUCGCUCCCGCUCUAAGUCAAGGUCACUGUCUCCACGGGGAUGGGUAACAGUGGAGACAAUGGAUCGCAUUGAUAUAGUGUCGUCAAAAUGGAUCCAUCGAGCUAGGAAAGAUAUUUUCAUUACCUGCUAUUCAACAAGCGAUCUGGAUUCUCAUGGAACCGAUGCUGUCUGGACACAGGAUCUCGUUCAAGGUCAAGAUCUCCUCUACCCUCUGUUCAGAAGGAAGCAAGCAAGAGCCCUAGCAAGCAGCUUAGCCCAGCGAAGAGUCCUAUCCGUGGCAGGAGCAAGAGCAGAAGCAGGAGUCCCUCUCGAUGACGUAGUCUUCAACAUCUUCUUCAAGCUUCAAGACGAUCCAAGAAAUUGGGCUCGUCUCUCUUGCGUCUGCACCAGAUUCUCCUCAAUUGUACGAAACGUUUGCUGUAAAACACAGUGCUACUCCGCUAUCCCCUCCGUCAUCUCCGAUCUCCUCCCUCCUUCUUCCUCCACCGCGGCGAAUUUGUCUCUUCCUCCUCCCGGUGGUUGGGCUUCUCUUUUCAAACUCGCCGUCUGCUGUCCUGGUCUCUUCCACGCUGGAAUUCUCCUCGAAAACUCCGAUUUCGGUUUAGAACGUGAGCUAGGUCCCGAUCAAAACCUCGAUCCGAAACCUACUACGACGGAUCUAGCUAGUGACGACGGCGAAGUUUCGAAACCACUCGGAUCUGGUUUAGAAACGACUUCGUUUUGGUCUCUAUAUGACGAUCUCUACACUGAUACUAUUCCCGCUCCUCUUGAAGAUUCGAUCGACGAACAAGAAGAAAUCGAGACGAGUGAGAUCAGACCUGGAAGAGAUCUUCCGGUAAGGAAACGAAGGAAGAUUUGUAGAUCUUUAGGAUCUCAUUUAGCUUCCGGUGGCUGGAAUCUUAGCCGUGAACAAGGCAACAAGCUUCUAGCGAGUAGAUUUCGAGGUGAUUGUCUCUACAUUUGCAAUUGGCCUGGAUGUAUUCACGUUGAAGAGAAACGAAAUUACAUGUUGUUUAGAGGUGUUUUCAAGGAUUUCAAACGGUCUCGAGUUUGGAGAACGAUAAACGACGGUAAUCGGAGUAAGAUCUCGGGACUGAAAUGCGCGUUUUGUUUGUGCGAUGAGACUUGGGAUUUGCAUUCAUCGUUUUGUUUGAGAAGAGUGUUUGGGUUUCAUGAUGAUGGUGAACCAGUUGUUAGAGCUUACGUUUGUGAGAAUGGUCAUGUCUCUGGUGCUUGGACUGCUUUACCUCUCUACACUUGACAGUGAGAAAGAGAGAGAGAGGGUCUUUUCAUUCUUCUUCUACGGUUUAAGUCUGAAUCUUGUUUGGAUUGUUUCAUAUAUUUUGUAGGAAUCUUGUGAUUGUGUUACAAAUGCUGGUUAAUGUUUAAGUAAAAGCUCUAACGUCGA